UCAGUGUGAUGAUGAAGCAAGCCACGAGCCUCAGGGUGCGCCUGCCGGUGCUGGUGUUUGUGUCCGAGAUCGUGUUCCUGGCCCUGUAUGCCUGCUUCGUAACCUACGACGACAAUGCUGACGCUAAGUUUCAGAACAACCUCACCAAUCCCAUGGACAACUCCCUCUACAGGGAUUAUCCCUACUUUGCAGACGUGCAGGUCAUGAUCUUUAUUGGCUUCGGCUGCCUGCUGGCAUUCUUGCGUUUCUAUGGCUUCAGUGGUAUGGUCUUCAACUUCCUGACGGCCACGUUUGCCAUCCAGUGGGCCAUCCUGGUGCAGGGCUACUUCCAGUUCUACUCCGAUGGAAAGAUUCACCUGGGCGUGAUAAACCUUCUGAAUGCCGAGUUCGCCUGCGCCGUUGUGCUGAUCUCCUUCGGGGCCGUCCUGGGGAAGACGAGUCCAGUGCAACUCCUGGUGAUGGCUAUCCUCGAAAUCCCCGUUUUUUCCCUCACUGAGUGGGCAGUGCUCAAGUAUCUGAAGAUCACUGAUUCUGGCGGGUCUAUCCUUAUCCACCUCUUCGCCUGCUACUUUGGCCUGGGGGUCACGUUUGUGCUCUACCGCCCCUCGCUAAACAACGGCCACCCGAAGGAGCUCACCAGCUACCAGUCUGACAUCCUGUCUGUGAUAGGGACUCUGUUUCUCUGGGUGUUCUGGCCCUCCUUCAACUCGGCGCUGACCCACAAAGGGGACGACCAGCACAGGGCCAUCCUCCACACGUUCAUUGGACUGAGCGCCUCCACGCUCACUGCCUUCGCCCUCUCCACCAUGCUCAACAAGAGGGGCAAGAUCACAAUGGCCGACGUCCAGAAUGUCACCCUGGCUGGAGGUGUCACGGUCGGGGCCUCCGUUGACAUGAUGAUCUCCCCGGUGGCCGCCUAUGCCCUUGGGAUGAUCGGCUGCACAGCCUGCAUGCUCGGCUACAAGUAUCUCACUCCUUUCCUCGCCCGCCGCCUGAGGAUUCAAGACAUGUGCGGCAUCCACAACCUCCAUGGGCUGACUGGCCUCAUAUCCUGUCUAGCUGGUAUCUGCGCCAUCCUCCUGGCCUCCGAAGAGACCUACGGCCCCAGCAUGUACCAGAUCUUUGCCCAUCGCGCCCCCAUGGAGGGAGACCCAAAACUUCUGGAGCUCCAGCAGCUGAUCCCAGGGCUCAAGCCGGGCCUGGGUCGCACAGCUGAAACGCAGGCUCUCUACCAGGUGGCGGCCAUUUUUUCCACCAUAGCAGCGGCAGCGGUCGGUGGGUUGCUGACCGGUCUGGUCAUGAAGCUUCCUUUCCUGGCACCGUUCUCAGAUGACUUCUGCUUUGAUGACGAGUUGUUCUUUGACAUGCCUUCUGAUUACGAGUACCUCACCUCAAGCCUCAACCACAAAGAGCCGUUGAAGGAUGAAGAUUCAAAAGUCUGAAUGCUGGUGUCAUUACUUACUGUAAAAAGCACUGAUUUUUUUAAACAAUGAUUUACUGUGGUGACAGAGAUCUGUUGCCAUGGUGUAAAGUGCCUCUUGUCUUAUGGACAAACAUGCCUUUCUCAACAUCUGUUUGACAUUUCAUGUCAAUUUUCACAGAAAUACAGGGAAAUAAUGGUUAAUAUAGCUAGGAAUAGCUGUCCGUAUCUCACUGAUAACACCCGGAACUCCUUUUCUGUCAAGUUCAAGAAGAGUGUUAGCAUGUCUGGAUGCAGUACAGCUUAAGAAAUGUAUUAAUUUAUUCAUAAUUAUUCAUUAAGGGAAUGUUUAUCACUAGUCACAUUAUUUAUUUAUUUUUCAAACCUG